AAAUCGGUUAAGAAACAAAAAAGUUAUGGCCAAAAAUAUGGCCUCGAGACGGCCCUCUACCCCAACUAUCAUUUAAUUAAAGGACUGAAAAUGAGUAAGAGAAAAAUUGAAGACGAUAAAAGCAAUCAAAAUAUUUGGGAAAAAUUCAAGCUGGACAGUAAAGGAUAUCUCUUUGAUAUUCAAAUAAAACAACAAUUAAAAGAAGAUGAAAAAAGUAAACAGAAACUUUUUGAAGUUUAUCAAGGCAGUAGAGAGGAGAAAUUAACGCUUCUCCCCACCCCAAGUGGAGAACCAACACCUGGAAUAAAUGGUUUCCGUUCAAUUACACUUCAAGGAUUGGGAGACUGGGAAAGUGAAAUUGAAAAUAUUGCAGAAUUUAUUUCAAAAAUAAUUACAUUAUCCCCACCCAAAGGUAUAAGCAGUGAAGAGGAAACAGAACAAAAAUUAUGCUUGAAGAUUCAUUUGCCUUUUGCUUUUAAAGGUAACCAAGAGACAAAUUUUUCCAAGAAUCUCGGAGCACUUUUAUCAAUUCCAACCCUUUCAAAAUUUAUUGGUUCUUUCAGCUAUUCAGAGGGCGGUUGCUUAGCCGAAUUAUUAACUCGUUUUCCCCUGCUAGAACCAAAUCCAGAAUUGUUUUAUCGUUAUGAUAUUAAUGUUUAUUGUGAAAAUGAUGUGCUUGUUGAGAAUUAUUUUUCUGAUCUGGAACGAUGGUUAACUUGUCAAUGGAGUAAAGCCCCAACACAAGACAAUUUAAAUAAUGUCCGCCAGGCACGUUUAAAAUUUGUAGUGGAUAGAGAAGAUACAGCACAACAAAUUAUUUCUUUGUUAAAAGAGAAGUUUGAAACUGCCACCAAUCAGUGUACUUUUAUAUUACGUUUAGAUUGCCCUGGUUUUGCUUUACAACCUUUCAGUGUUGAAAAUACAAAUAGCGGUGAAUUUAUGGCAAUGGAAUUUAAAAAUGAAUACACAAUUAAAGCAGAUCAGAAUAUUGAUGAUUUUGAAGAGGAAAUAGAAAUAGAACCUUUAGCCAAAAAGAAGCCUAUAAAUGAGAAGGAAAGCAAAGACGGGAGGAAUGGAGCUGAGGCGAGUUUUUUAGAAGCAGAGGGAGACGCAGACAGUAACACUUCUUCAACAUCAGUAGUGGUCUGGAAAAGCUACAAACUUGUUAGAGCCUCCAAUGCUAAUUUACUCGGUCAAUUAAUGAAAGGACACUUGCCUUUACUCAAAAGAAAAUUAAUUUUGAACUGA